AACAGAAAAAGACAAAAAAAGGACAAAAGGACAGGAAAAUUCUAAGGACACGAAAAGAACUGGAAAAAAAUAUAAUAAGAACAGAAAAAGGAGAGAAAAAAAAUUAAAAAGUAUACAAAGAGUAAAAAAGGAAAAAAAGGACAUUAAAGACAACAAAAGGACAGAAAAUAGAGAAAAAUUACACAAAAAGAAGAAAAAAGGACAGGAUAAGACAAAAAAGGACAGGAAAAGGACCCAACACAGCCUGUCCACUGGAAGAUUAGAAGGCUCGACGCUACACACACACACACACACACACACACACACACACACACACACACACACACACACACACACACACACACACAGACUCGCCGAUAGAUAAGGCCGAUAGAUGGAGCCAUGAAGCAACCCACGCCACGACCGAUACUGAUGGGACUCGUGGCAGGGCGGGGCGCGGCCCGGAGGGUGCACGGGUGAGCAGGGCCAUGUGUGGGCGGCACCGGGCGGCGUGGGCGGCCCUGGCGCUGUGCCUGUGGUCCUCGAUGGUGUGGGUGGGGGCUGGGGAGGGGCGGCGCACCAGGCUGGUGACCAAGGCGGCUGGGAAGGAGGAGGCCGAGUCGCUGCCCCGCCCCGGAGCUUCCACCAGGGAGAGGGAGAUCGCGGCCAUCUUCAGGGGCGUGGCCUAUGGUGCCCCCACCACCACUACUUCCACCACCUCCUCCACCACCACCACCACCACCACCGCCACCUCAACCUCUGUCUCCACCAUCACCCAUCCUACCGCUACCAGCCCUCCCCUUCGUCGUCGGCAAGAGGGCGGGAGCGUGCAGGCGCCCCCGGCAAGAGACGGUCCUGGCCUGUCCGCCUCCAGGCGGGAUGAGGAGCAGUGGGGGGGCGGCGGCGGCAGCAGCGCUGCGCCUCCUGUGGCUGGAGGAGCGGGCGUCGUCAAUAGCACGGCGGUGUCCUUGGGUCCUGCGUGGAGCGCCCGCGUGUACCUGACGGGCGGGCUGUUCGGCGCGGUGGGCGUGGCGGCAAUGUGCCUCAUGCCGCGCGCUGCCGCCGCCUCGCCGCUGCUCGCCGCGCCGCACCACCUCUCUCUACUCCUGCUGGUGCUGGCCGCCGCCGCCUGCCGCUGCCUGCACCUGCUGCACGCAGCGCCUCACUUCACCCAGUCGCUGCCGCCCGCCCUCCUGACUGCUGCCGAGGAGAGCGCCUGGCCGCUGCUGACCGCCGGCCUGGCCGUGGUGGUGGGCGGCGCGCUGCGAGCGUGGGUCAUCCCUGCCAGGCCCCGCAUGGCCCUUGUGCUGGCUGGUGCGGCGGCCGCCCACCUCACUUCCUUGGCUGUCACUCACCUGGGCGUAGUGCUCCUCCAGGCACCUUACGAACCACUCUCCGUGGCUGCCUCUGCAGUGGCCAUUGCCUUCGGUGCUGGCGUGGGCGUUGCUGGGCUAUUUGCGGUGUGGCCGCUUGGCAGGGGUCGGUCUGUAAUGGGUGAGCUGCAAGAGCUGAGUGGCGACUCCUGCAGUGGUCCCGCGCCGCCCACACAGCUGCUGGGGGUGGCAGCCUUCCUGCAGCUGGUCCUGUCAGGCGCGCGUCUAUACUUCUUGGCCAUACCACCCUCCUUCACCCCUGCGUGGGCGUGGUGGUGCCGUGCCACGCUGCCCCACGCCCUGGAGUUGGCAGUGGGCGCCAUGCUGCUAGCGGCCGCCGCCUGCACCUCGCAGUCCGCGGGAGUGGCGGCCUGUGGCUGCUGCCAGAAAAGAACCGCUGAGGUUGUGCAUCCAUCGGCUGUCAAGAUGGUGCAUCCGCUGGGCGUGUACACCGUGGAGGAGGUGGCCGCCCCGCCGCCCAAGAACCAACAGGCCCGCACUCUGGCCGCGCUUUCCGUCUCGGGGGCGCCUAAGCUCAAGCACCGCGACCACAAGAGCCUGGACUACGUGACCUCAGACUUCCAGCUAGUGUGGAGCCACGUGCGGCCCCUCGCCGCGCCGCACACCGCCCACGACGGAGACGCCCAGGACGACUUCCUCACGCUGACUCCAGACAAGCAGCCAGACCUGCCGCGUGCCCAUCUGCUGCCGCUAGCGCCCGCCGGCGUGCUGGGCCCCGAAAUGUUCACAUGUUCGCUGCCCAGCUACCGCCUGUAUGCCGCCGCCGCGGGCACGCCCUACCACGGGCGCGGAGGAGCUGCUGCGCAGCCCAUGCGUCAUUCCGCCACGCUGUCUCGCGGUAGCAGCGGCCGUGUGUACUCGUCGCCGCAGGCCAGCCUGAGGGCGAGCCGCUCCUGGGACGAGUUGUCCACAAGCCACAUCUACGAGGAACCGCAGCGCGCCACCAGUGGCUCUGUGGAGGAGGCGCUCUCUGACCUGUCGGACCUGCUGACAGACUGCCCCAGCGACCCCGCCAGCCCGGACCCGCCCCCACCGAGACGGCGCCCCCCGCAGCCCUUCUACCACAGCUCAUCCACCCUCACUGUGCCCCACGCUCAGCCUCCGGCCAGGGCAAGGGAGCCCUUCCCCCUUCCCACCACAUCAUCGCCUCCUUCACACACAGUGCCGCCCACCUCUGCGCCACCUAACCCCCUCCAUCCCCCAAAGACUCCGCAUACCCGCCUGUAGAGCGCCGAGCUGCGGCGGCACACUAAUCAGCUCUAAUUAGUGGCUUAGGUGGCGGCCGUGAGGGGCUGCACCCCAGCCUUGUGUGUGUGUGUGUGUGUGUGUGUGUGUGUGUGUGUGUGUGUGUGUGUGCUGGCGUUGUAAAGAACACCACAUCAAGCCACAGCAAUGCAGGAUCACUUGUUGCCCUGUGUCUGUGGUGGAGCUCAAAGGUGAUGGCGUGACAGAGAGCAAUGGCCGGCGAUGGAACUGAAAGAUGCGACGUCACUAAAAUAAUCGUCUGUGAUUGGACGGAAAGAUGAAACGCUUGUGUGUGAUUAGACAGAAAGACAAGGACAAGUGUGGUGGUGGUGCAGUAACUGGCCGGACGAGGAACAGUAAGCAAGCACGAGGCAGGAAGUUUGACUCGAUUUCUGCUUUUAUUUACUCAGAAAACCCUUUCCUCUCCCUUCACACUUGAGUCACUUCACCUCAACCCACACUAACACGCCCCACAAAAACCCAAUCAUCUUUCUCCAAACUACACUUCACACCCUCCACCUCAAUGUUAUUUUGGUCUAAUUUCUACCAGCAAUUAUUUCCCUCCUUCAGUGUCACCUGUCGUUAGUUUGGGGUCGUUCAUAAUCACCUGGCCUUAUUAACACCUGUCUCCAGCACCACCACCAUCACCACCACUAGCACCUGUCGCCUCAUUAGCAUGCCCUCUCAUUACCUAUCCCAUUACUACACCUUUAUUACCUUUCCCUUUCAUUACAUCGCUCUUACCUGCUUCCAUUCCUUACCUGUCUACCUCAUUAAUCUGCUGUCAUUAGCUGGACCAUUCAUUAUCCUGCUAAACACUAAUAAACACACGCUAAUGGCUAUACCAAAGGAGGUUUUUUAUUCCCCAAAUCUCAUUACCUUAUUUUUCUAGCCUAUUUUCUGUCGCCUGUCCAUAUUUUAGUAGCUGUUGUUAUUUUUUAUCGUGUUUGUUUUCAGUCUCUCCUCUUUCCCUCCCUCUCCUGUCUUGAGGCAUAAAAGUGAAGAAGUGAUGUUGCCUCUCUUUAUUUUUCCGAGUUGUAAUGUGAGAAAGUUUAGUGUGUGUGUGUGUGUGUGUGUGUGUGUGUGUGUGUGUGUGUGUGUGUGUGUGUGUGUGUGUGUAUAGAUGCUAAGAAAGAGAUACUACUAAUAUAUUAUACUAAUACUAAUGGUAACAAUAGAAGUACCACAGUGACGAGAGGGAGAAAUGGACUAAAUUCCUUCCUCUUUUACGUGUAUGGACAACAAACACUAAUAAUAAUAAUAAAAAUAAUAAUAAUAAUCCCUUUAGUACCAAGUGGGGGUCCCUUUAGAAAGAACUGUAGAUAAUAUUACCAGAGAAAAUAAAUUAUAAAUAAAGAUAUAUAGAGAGACAGGAAUAUAAAAAAGGGCGAAUAUCUAGCAUUGGUAUGUACUCAAGGUGAAAUUUUUGCACAAGAGGUUUGUAAUAAUGUACUGAAUGCCACUUAUAUAUAAACAAUACUAUUACCACUAACGAAAUGACGUAUAUAUAUCUAAUGGUAUUACUUGUACUAUUAAUAAACACAAUGCAAUCCUGUG